AUGAGAGGAGGUGGGCCCUAUCACCAGGGCAGGGGCAACAGCGCCUAUCCCCAUUCUCAAUACUCACCACCUGGUCACUCUCCGUACCACUCUGUGCGAAGUGGAUGGUCGGGACAGCCUGGGCAGCAUCCAUACCCAAGUCAUGGAUCUCCCACACAUGGGUUUUCCCCUAACCAGUCACCUUUCCCUCACAAUAACAGUUACAACUAUCCUCCUGCUCAACAUGGCCAGUAUCCUCCUGCGCAACACUACCCCGGGCCGUCCAAUCAUGGGCCACCUACAGGGUCUUAUCGAGGCUUCCGGGGAAACCACUAUGGCGGACUUGACCGUCGAGCCAUCAAUACAGCGCCAACAACAGGAUAUCCGCCGGCGCAACAGGGUCAACGUGGCCGUGGUCCCACGAUGUUUUCCAACCUGUCAUGGACACCGUCUUCUGGCACCCGUGGUGGCCGUCAGGCAACUGAAGCUCCUCGUCCGACUUGGGAGAGAUCUUCUCCGCAGGCGAAUGCAGAGACAUCCAGCAACGCAGUCGACGCAGAUGAUAAUCCUUUCCGUCCUUCUAAAGACCUUCGUGUCGAGGAUGAAGGUAGUAGAGACGAGAAGAAGAUGCCGCCCACCGCAAAGACGGAAUCCACAUCAACCAAGCCCAAGGAGCCCAAGGGGUUCAGUUUUUCGUUGAAGACGAAGACGCCGCUGCCUGCAAUGACCUCGAAGACAGAUUCUGCCACGACCACCGCGAAAGCGUCCAUCCUUGAUCCUGGGCCCAAGUCUACGUCGACCCGAGAUACUACGACGCGCCAGAGCACAGAGGACAAAGACAGAGAGCGUGAGCGCCACCGAGAGCAUGAGCGGGAACGUGACCGGGAGCGAGAUCGCGCAUAUUACGAGAAAGACCGUCGACCGGACCCGUACGACAAGUCCUACAGCAGUUAUCAAGACAGAAAAUACGGCUACCGCGAUUCUCGCGAUGAUAGAACUGCGCGCGAAUCAUCGUAUUACCGCGAUAGGGAAUAUCGGGAU